AUGAAAUAUCGCGGCAUUUUAUGGGAAACACAACCUCCAUUCGAUGAAAAAUUUACUCACCAAACAGAACUUACACCUACUACAGUAGAAGAACUAAAAUCCCUAAGAAUUCCGCCAACAUAUGAAGGAAAAUAUCUAAUCAUUCAAAUAAUAUUAUUUUUAAUAAUAGGAAUCCCACGUGCUAUUAUAGCAUCUCUAUAUACAAUCAUUAUUGGCGGUAUAUUUGUGUUUUUAGUUGCAAUCUGGAGAGCAUUAGGUUGCCCCGAAGAUCUUAGACAUUAUUUGAUGAUAUAUUGGGCAGCUGGUGCUCGUGUUUUAUUAUUUUUAUUAGGCUUUUUCAAAAUUAAUUUUCACGGAGAAAUCGACUCUGACAGUAGAUUUAUCGUUUCGAAUCAUUCUUGCUUUUUCGAUUCAUGGCUAUUCUUACCUUUUUAUCCAAAGCCAUUAGAAAAGAAAGAAAUUUUCCAACUUCCUAUUAUACGAGAUAUGGUUGAUAUUUACGGAGGUAUUGCUGUUGAUCGAUCAAAGUCAUGCGGCCUGACUAAAGAAUUACUCAGAAAUGCAGAAGAUCAGAAUAAGCCACAAAUUUUCUGCACGCCUGAAGGUGCUUCGACAAAUGGCGAGUAUAUGUACAGAUUCCACCUCGGAUCGUUCUUAUCAGACCUUCCUGUUCAGCCUGCGGCAAUCAGAUACACAUUAUGGGGAACAAACCGGAAAAUUUCGACGAUAUCGUUUUUCCAGAACCAUGUUCGCCAGUGGAUUGCUUUUCUCGGCAUUCCUGCCAUUACAGCAGAUGUAUUUUUCAUGGAUGUAAUGACAAUCAAAGCUGUAGCUUCUUGCGAGCCAAGAAGAUUUGCGGAUGUUGUUUCCCUCGCUAUAGGAAACAAAAUUGGCGUAAGAGUAUUAGAUCUUACGACAAGCACCCUCUUCAAGAAUAAGCAAUUAUAG